GGUCGUGGUUUUGUUAAGUUCGAGAGCAUUAACGUUGUUGGCAUAAUGCUUCACGAUAAAUAUCAAACGACGUAAAGGUUGGUGGUGUGUGAUUUAACCUAAUUCUCAAUUAAGCGAAUAUAAAGAAAGCAGCAAACGAAAAAUAAAAAUAAAUAUGAAAAAUGCAAAGGAGAAAUUUUACACGCCUUACGUACUUACUCUAGAGCAUUAAAAUGUACACAAACGCUGGUGAAUUCUGAAGGGGUUAACGUUUAUGAUUAUGGAUCGUUGUGCGCCAUUGAAUACAAAGCAGUUUUACGCAAAAUUAAGCAUUUACGUUUUUGUUUUUUUUUUUCGUAACAAACUAAGGGAAAACAUAAUAAUGAAUUAUAUAUAAAAAAAGGAAAAUGUCGAAAACUACAAUAACAACAGUUAUUACAAAUAGAAAAAUUACUAGAGAAGGCAGCUUUUAACUAAUAACCUGUAAAAUUAUGAAAACUAUACAAUUAUCUGAUACCUAGCAAGCGAAGGAGUUUUCAUUGUUGUAUUAAUUACCAUUUAAUAUUAUUAUAAUACUAUUAAAGAGAAAAACAACUUGUUUUAAGAAAUAUCUAGCUUUAGUCAAAGCUGUUAAGGAUUACCAGUAGUAUUGUUUUAAAAUGUUUUUUUACGUUUUUGUGCAAGGAGAUCAUGAACGUAUGCCUUACAUAUAACAAUGAUCACCCUUAACAACACGAAAAACAAGAAGAACGACUGCACUACAAUAGCCAAUACACGUAUAAUAAAAGAUGCUUAAAAGUCCCAUUGUUAAGUAAACACUGCAACAAGCCCUUACAAAGGCUCUUGUGUGCCAAGGCUUAAAAAAAUUUACAAAUAUAUAUGUAGUUGUGUAUGUACGUUAACAAAUACGUGCUUAUGUGCGUGCCUGUUGUGCUUUUUGUAGUGUAGAAAACUAAAAUUUUAUUUCAUAAAAAAAAUGAAUAAUUGUUGGAUAUGAAGCAGAAACCCAGCCGCCUAUAAAGCCCUUUCAAAGUUAAUGUGUCAAUGCUAAUGGCAGCUAAGAGUUGAAAAGAAAAAUAAAUGAAACUACAACAGUGUAACAGUGUCGGUUUUUAGCGUUGUUGACCAAGCUAUGAGUAAAUUGCAUACUUGUACUUGCUGCUGUAGUGGUAGCAAAAGCAGAAGUUGGCAAAAGGCAAUAAUAAUAAUCAGAACAAAUGGCUAGAAGAAAAAAACCGGAGAACUAUAGCAAAUGUUUUAUGGCACUGUUGACAAUAGCAACAGCAACGGCAACAAUGGUAAUAAUAACAACAAAAAAUGUAUAUAAAACACAAGUUUUAAAUUAUGCAAAAGCAUGAUAUAACCGACUUGCGUAAUGCGUCGUAAAUAACGCACGUUUCAUCUUAAGGCUAUAUGCUGCACAUACACAAACAUCCACAUAACGGUUCUACUGAAAUAGAGCUUACGAUCUAGUAAUGUAUUGCCAGGAAAAUGCUAAAAGGACCAUAAAAUAAGAGAAUGAAAACGUUAAAAAACGUGUAGCAACGCAGCAAAAAGAAAAUGCAUUAUUUGUUUAUAAAUAAAACGAUCUUAAAUGAUUCAAUUGCGAGUAUAAUUUUGUGAAAAAGUUAUAUGUGAAAUAGAGCUAAGCGGCGGUUGGUUAUCUGCUUUUGUUAUUGCGCUUUUCAUAGUCUAGCGUAGAGUGAACAUUAUUACUAAUAAAGUGGUUGCACCGACAAAAUAAUGAAACAAAAAAAAUGUUUGAUUCGAGCAAAAAGUUUAAUUAUUAGCCAGGCGUUUACGGGUCAGCCAGCUAGCUUUGCCUCCACUAAAAAUUUAUAUAAUAAAUUAAAUAAUAAGAAAACAAAAAAAAAAAAGAAAAGAAAUUAACUAAAACUUAUAUACAGGCAGAACAAUAAAACCGUCCCUCCUCCAUAAAUAACAAAUAACCGACCUAUUACAACAUUAUGCAGCCUUUACAGCUUUCCCUUAUUAUAAAUUUAUUUCUAACUUUAUUACAAUUCUCCAAAAAUCAUGAACAUUCGGAUGGCUUUAAACCAGAUGGUGAAAUAUUACGUGUGCUGGUUAAUAGCUCUGCUCAAAUUAAAUGUGAUGUUGGCUCAAGUUUACCAGAUGAUAAAGUGUUAUUGGUAGUUUGGUAUAAAAACAAUUUACCCAUCUAUAGUUAUGAUACACGUGGUGCUCAUGCCGGGACGCCGUCUCAUUGGCGUGAUGAAGACGUUCUUGAAGAUCGUGCCGUCUUUCGUACACACAAAGAGCCGGCUGAAUUGAUUAUAAAUCCCGUUAAGGAAAAGGAUGCUGGAAAUUUUCGUUGCAGAGUAGAUUUUAAACUUUCCCAAACUCGCAACAGUAACGUCAAUUUAGAGGUGGUUGUGCCGCCACAACAACCCAGCAUAUUUAAUGAACGACGUUUACGUAUUAACUCACGCGCUGGACCUUAUGAGGAAGGCGGUAAUCUAGAAGUAACAUGUGUCGUCUACGGUGGUUCACCGCCGCCAACGGUAACGUGGCUUAUGAAUGGACAACUGCAGAACAGUAUCGUCGAUUAUACGUACGAUGGCACCAUAAAUAGUAAAUUAGUUGUACGGAAUUUGUCACGAAUACACCAGCAUGCUGUCUAUACGUGCCAGGCGAGCAAUUUUCACAAGAAAUAUGUCUCCACCAAUAUAACCAUCGAAUUGUAUUUACGUCCUUUAUUGGUGGAGAUUUCAUUUAACAAUCAACCCAUGUCAGCUGACCGUAAAUAUGAAAUUGAAUGUCAGGCAAUUGGCUCACGACCACCUGCUAAAAUCACAUGGUGGAUGGGCAACCUGGAAUUGCAUGGUCACAGUCAAAAGGUUUCUGAAGAUGGCAACGUUAGUAUAUCACUGCUAAUGAUAACACCGACUAGAGAAGACCACGGCAAAGCAUUAUCAUGUAGAGCUACAAACGAGCUAGUACGGAAUGGUGUACGCGAAACAGCCAUGAAAUUAAAUGUGUUUUUCAUUCCUACAUUACAAUUGGAUUUGGGUUCAAAUUUAAAUCCAGAGGACAUCGAAGAAGGUGACGAUGUAUAUUUCGAGUGUAAAGUUCAUGCCAAUCCAGCUGCCUAUAAAGUGAUAUGGAAACACAAUCAUCAAAUUAUACAACAUAAUCAACGAGCCGGUGUUAUUGUUAGCAGCGGCGAUCUUGCAAUGCAAGGUGUUACACGACAUCAGGCGGGCAAUUACACUUGUACCGCCUCCAAUGUCGAAGGCGACGGUGACAGUAAUGUGGUUGAACUUAAAGUUAUGUAUAAACCUAUUUGUCGUCCGGAUCAAAAGAAAAUUUAUGGUGUAGCACGUAAUGAAGCCGCUGAGAUAUCAUGUGAAGUCGACGCUUUUCCGCCACCCGAAAAUUUUAAAUGGUCUUUUAAUAAUACGGCCGAAACGUUUGAUAUGCCGCAAAGCGGGUUUCGAGCCCAUUCAGCACAAGGAUCAACUCUAACGUACACUCCAGUCAAGGAAAUGGACUUUGGCACCAUUAUGUGUUGGGCCGAUAACAAUGUUGGCCAACAAAAGGAGCCAUGUGUGUUUCAUCUAAUAGCUGCCGGUAAACCAGAAAUGCCAGCCAAUUGCACUGUUGUAAAUCAAACCUCCGACUCUCUGGAGGUCUAUUGUAUAGAAGGAUUUGACGGUGGUUUACGUCAAUGGUUUCUUAUGGAAAUAUUUGAACAGCAAUCAGCCAGUUUGCAAGCCAACAUUUCAUCGAAAUAUCCCGUACUAAGUGCGCCUGGUCUCGAUUCAGGCCGUUUCUUUAAAAUAUUCGUUUAUGCUAUCAAUUUGCGUGGCCGCAGUGAACCGGUUCUACUGGAAGGCUACACUUUAAAAGCCGCUGAAAAGCAAACAGUGGCCCUUACUUCCUAUAAGGGUUCGCAAGCAAAUUUUGAACUGACGCCGAUAUUGUCGGUUGGCAUAUUUGUUGGCAUACUGGUGGCUAUUAUAUGUAUCGGUAUUGGCACUUUGGCUGCCUUGAAAUUGCGUUCGCAUAAGCAGCAACAAAAAUAUCAACAUCAAAAUCAGAAAUUUUCACGUCCGGGCAAUUUACAAAUUAAAGAUAAAAUCUCGUUACCAUUAAGUCAUUCCGAAGAAAUGUACGAUGAGAAAAAUCCUGAUGUGGUGCCAUACAAUGAGGUUGAUGGUGAGUACAAACAGAAAUCAGCAACACAAACACCAUCCGGUCAUUUAUCGACAACCAGUGAAGCGGAAAUCAGUUGUAAACCCCCAACGGAUGAACGUGGUUUAUACCAAAGCAAUAAGGAUGAGGAGCUUCACUACGCCGAGCUCUCCUUAGCUGCGGGAGCCUCGUCCAGUAAUGCUAAAAAACCCAUAUCAGUAGAUUGCAAUAACAGUAUGCUGCUGCAAGGUGCCAGCAAUUCAUCCGUUAUGAGUAUGAGUGCGAAUGGCGUAACAGCGGCCGGAAGCACUUUGCCUCAUGUUGCUACGGGUGGGCGUAAGCUAUUGCCCAGCAUUCCGACCAAAAGCAGUACCUUGCAGCGUAAUAAAACAGGGGUUCCACCACCACCACCGCCUACGUACGAUUAUUUUGAGGAGCCAACAAUAUACGCUCAAAUUGAUCAUUACAAAACGUCGACGAGUGCUGGCAAUUCUAGCUCAGCAUCUCCAUUCCCGCCCUGUAUAUCGUCACCGACUUCUCAGGGCACCCCAUCUACUGUAUCGCCCGGCACCGUACAAAUGUAUACACUUCCCUCGCAUCCAGGGGGCUAUCAUACUUUACCCCACAAUCAUCAUCAGUCCAACAUAUCUACUCAUAAUUCUUCUACUUCCGUAACGCAAAUAUUAGGCACUGCAACAGCAAGUUGCAGCAGUAGUGCGAGCAAUUAUCAACAUGGAACGCUCCCAAUGCCGCCUUCAUAUCAGCAGCAUCAAAAACAGCAGCAACAGUUGCAUUUGCAGCAGUCUGUCCCACCACCGCUUGGGCAAAUGCUAGUCUCCAGUAAUAGCAGUGGAUUAGCUUCUGCUACAACCACGGCAGCUAUAACUAGUCCCAGCAGUUCACUGUCCGGUCUCUCGGCCAUUGGCAAAUCCUAUUCACGAGAGAUAGUAACAGUGCGUACGCCGCUAAUGUACUCGCAGCAAGAGAGUUGUGUUUAAAUGUAAAAAAGAAAAAAACAAUAGAAAUUUAGCGAUUAAGAAAAGAAAAAGUCAUGUGAAGUAAAUGCAGAGAAAGCAAACCUAAAUAAAGAGAAAACUUAAAAUUGAUUGAAGACUCACGGAAAAUUCCAAAAAAGAACUGAAUACAAUAAGAAAAGAAGUUAAGAAAACAAAGGAAACAAGAUAUAUAUUAAAAAGCAAUUGAGAGAGAAGAAGAGGAUAAAAAUAAUAGUAAAGAAAAACAGAGAUACUCAGAAUAAAAACAGAGAUACUCAGAGUAGAAAUACUGAUUUUAAUGCAAAAUUACAAUUUUAUGAGAAAGCUCCGCAACACAACAGUGAAACAAAAAAAAUCUUAGAUAAUUAGCAUUGUAAAGUUCUCUUCUCUGCUGCCGAAUAGUAAAAUGGCCAGUACGCAUGACUUUUGCGUUUGAAAAAACAAUUUACACCAAAAUUUUUGGGUGUCAACUGUGUUUCAUGAUGGCUACUUGCAAGCUCAAAGUACUUUUCGCAGUGUUUUUCACUCUCAAUCGAUCCCUAGAAUGUCUAUUGAUCCAUACCUAUCAAAAAUACAGUUAGCAUUAAAAAUUAAUUGUAUGGAGUGACUAUUCAAAAAAGGUAUUCUACGAAAUCGAAUCUUUGGUAAAUUAAACUUAUCAUGAAAACUUAAAGCAACAUUUGAAUGUACUACUCUAUUUAUUUUGAUUGAAAAAAAAAAAUGAAUCUGAAACAUUGGCAACGUCUGUUUAGGGUAAGUCUUUGGCCCCACCACUUCGAAACAAUGUUUGUUAAUUCUUCUGUACAGGUAUAUCUUCCGUCGUAAGUCUUAGACUACAGUUAUGCUGCUGCUAAAGAUUCGUAAACACACUUUUUGGCGAUUUUGUUGGUGUUCGCAUCCCGCCUAAUUUCAAAUGUAAUUUCUGGCUAUUAAAUAAAAAUGAAUAUGCAAUGCUAGGCCAAUUAAUUUAAUCUUGUUCUUAGCAACCCUUUAUAUUUACUCAAAAAGCUGUCUCUCCUAAAAUUUCAAGUUCUCUUCCAAGUGCUUCGUAAGGGCUUCUUGAUUAGUUGAAAAGUUCCUCAGCUUUUUUCGUUGCAAAAUUCGGCUUUUUCUAUUAACAUAGUCUUCCCUUUUCAACAUAUAGCUGCCUUAUUUAAAUAAGGAUUUCAUUUUUUCAUACUUACCAAUCACCCAAAAUUCAACGUUUCUCAAUUCCCUUAUGUAAUUCUCUAGCUGUGGACUUGUAGACUAAGUAAUCUUCUUUUAUAUUCUAUUUUGCGCAAGUUAUAACACAUUCGCUGCCGCUGCGUCUCCUAAAUUCAAGCUGCCUCGCAAAAUGCCUUGAAAUAUGCUUAGAAACCUCCUCAUUGUCUUUUAUUAUUCCGUUACUCUUUCCCUCUUUUUCUUUUAUCCCAAAAUAAGUUGUUAAACAUUUCUGCCACAGUUAUGUACUCUUCUAAAUUCUUACAGACAUACGGGCACGCGGAUAAGCAGACAAUCACUUGGCAUUUUAGGCUUACAUAUGGUAUCUGAAGCGUAUUUUUAGCUUUUUGAAAGAAAGCAAACCUAAUCGAAAUCUUUAAUUUGUUUCCAAUGCAGGAGAAUAAAAUCAAAGAAAACUGUAUUCACCUAAGCAUGAAUUCUAAAUCAAACAAGUAUACAUAAACUUUUAAUUGUGGAUGUGUCAAUUUUUGGAUGAUGCCGCUUUUGUAUUGCAGCUUACCUUGAAAAACGUUUCAACCAAAGUUUCCGCAAGUAUACUGUUUUUGAAAUUGUUCUGAAAAUGUCAAACCUUUAAAAAAUUUUCCAAAAAAUUUUUAAACAUUGCAUAAAAAAUAAGAAGAUGAAAAUACAUUAAAAUUUUAUAAACAGCAAUUACUUUAAUUAAGUGGCUUCGAAAAUUCUAAUCGGCACUCCUUAUCAUUAACAAUUGCAAAAUAAACAAUUGCAAAAAAAACGAAUAAGCGUCUCAUCACUGACCUGAAACAGCUAAAUAUAAUAAUAACUUUGCCAUUCGUUGUUUACAAAGCGAUAAGCGGUCAACCGAUAAUUGCAAACAUGUAUUGAAUUUUGAUGUGCACGUUAGCUGUAAUUCGAACAGAUAUGGUACGGUCUGAUUCUAAAAUAUAGUUGCAAACUUCUUCCAUUUACUAGAAAUCUGAUUUGUGGAUAAAACGCGUAAUGAUCAUGAUUUCAUUCUUCAGGAUAUAGUGACGAGCCACUAAAUAAGUAAAAACUUUUAUGUUAUUUUUUUAAAUUUUUUCUCGUUGCUUUCGUAACGUGUAGCUGUGUCCCACCGUUCGGCUUGAGUCAAUUGAUGUAUUUUAUGCACGCGUUGAUCUUCGUAAGAAUGAAAAUAAUAAGGAUCAUGAAAUUAAUUCCUUUAUUGAAGCACGUAACUAUUUAUAAAUAUGUAAUGACAAUAGUCGAGCGCUGAACUGAAUUAAAACAAUAAACAAGGACACUCAACAAAACACUUAUGUGAAGGUAGCCCACUGUACCUAGUCCACAUCUUAUCAAAGACAAAAAUGUGGGCUAUCUUCACACUUGGUUCGCGCCUCCGCUAAGCCAAUUGAUAAUUAAACGCAACAAAAUUAUUAGAAAACCUAAGCAAAACUAGAAAUACAAGCAUAAAUAAAAUAAGAAAUUAUACAGAAUUGUUAUUAGAAAUUUAAAAAAAAAAAUUUCUCUUGUACUAACAUAUAGUACACGUACAGGGUUGACGAAAAUUUUCAAUAUAUAGUGUAUAAAAAAUUUUUACGAAUUGAGCCAUACGCAGGUUUUUGAUAUGUCUUAAAGAAUGCUAAAGCCUUUUAGAAAUGCCUAAUUUCAUUACCCUGGUCCCGGUCCAUCACCCCGAAAUUCAUCAAAAACCGGCCCUCUCCACAUACACAAGACCCUAAAGGCAAAAUGUUGCAAUAACGUUGCCAAUGUUUUUGGUUUAGUUGGUAAGGACUGUACGAUUUUAUACACAUAAUGUUCUUGUCUUUUUUCAGCAUGUAUGUUUAAGAUUAUACGUUUCGCGCAUAUGUUUGCAUAAUAGCGCGUUUGUCCAUGCACUUGCUUAAGAAGUUAUAUGGAUAUUAUCGAGUGGUCGUCAUUUUUCUAAAUAUCAAUCGCGUUUAAAACAUUCUAUAGGCAAAUAGAAUAUAUCUAUGGCAAAAAUGUUCGUGUGCGUUUGCGCAUGCGCUUAGCAGUCACUUGAUUGCCUGCUUUUUCCUUCUCAUUAUUUAUAUUGGUGAAAAUUCCGUUUAUGACUUUUGGGCAUGACGGCGUACAUUCUAAAAUUAUGCCCUAUAACUUAUUGUAUUUAAAGGCAAUAUUGUACAUAAAAUAAUUACAAUGAGUAAAUCAAAUAAUUAAUAAGUAGUUCUCUGAAGCUGAAGAUUUUGGAAAACCGUAGAGGAAUUUGGGGAUUGAGUGAGCGAAAUAAAUUUUAUGUAAAUGAAGUAACAUAAUUUCUAAAUUUAUCUUGGGGGGCUAUCUUCACUUCAGCAACAAAAAUGUAUAUCUUCCAUGCAGACAUCUUCCUUGUUAACAUAUGGUCUGAAAAUGAUUCGCCUAUUUUUUGCAUAUCAUCUUAUAUAGAAUUUCUCUUAUAUACAUUAAAUGUAAUGCCAUGGCUUUAUUACUAUACCGAAAAUUAAAACAAACGCUAUAUAGAAGUACGUGCGUUUUCCAGAUUACUGGAAAACACACAUUCGCAUACUCUAUAUCUAAACGUAUAUACGCUGGUAUACAUUAUGUAUACAAAAAGAUGUGUAUUUAUGUGCACGAAUUUAUAUAUAUGUACUUAUAUAAUAUAUAUAUACUUAUGGGUAUAUAGCAUUCAGUACAUUUAUUAAAGCGGAAAGUGAAAUUUCAUUUUUUACAGGUGAAGGUCUACUAACCGCGUUAUUUCGUAAGAUUUUCUCAACUAAAAUUGCGUUUAAAAUAUCAGUUAACAUACAUAAACUUCCAAUCCAUUCGUUUAUUGUUAUUAUUAUAGAAGCUGCUAAAGUUGUAAUCAAAGGCUGGAACUUGGAUGGCUGUCAUUGAACAAACUCUCAAGGAAAGGAAAAACACUAAAAGCAGCGAACAAAGUUAGAAAUUGGUCAAUAAUCUGCAAACUAUGGUAAAUGGCUAUAAGAACUUAUCUUCUUAUAUCGGAAGCGAGCUUUUUUAUGUGCUUUAUUUAAUAUGAUACAGAUAGCGACCAGAUUAAUUCCGAAUUCAACGUAGCCGCUUCGCUUUUUAGCAAUAAUUUUAUUUUUGGUGUGAGCGCUAUGAAUACAGAAAAUUUUUUACGAUUAAUUGUUUUCCAAAGAUCCGACGUAAAUUUCUUUUAGCACUUCUUUUGAAAGAAUCGCAAAUGUAUUUAAUAUAUACUUAUACAUGGGAUGGGUGAUAUCAAACAUUGUUAACAAUUUCAAAGUCUGGGUGGUAAGUUAUGUUACGCUUUGACGCAUAUCUAAACUUUGUUAGUGCUCGCAUUAAUUAAGAAUAUUCUAUUCCUUAAAUGUUUAUAUGCCUAAGGAAACUAAAAUUAUUGUAAUUAAUCUUUUAAUACCUUACGCUUUGGCAGUGUUCACGUUUAUGCCAAUGACAAAUUGGAAAAAGUUAGAUUACUAUUUGAAAGAGAAAAUAAACAUACGUAUUCCUUAGGAAGAUGUGCCAACAAAUCAGAUUAUGCAGAGCGUUUCCUUGCUAAGGACCUAAUUAACCUCUUCUACUUCGGCCGGUCUCGCCGUAAUAGUCAGUCGCUCAUUCGUCGAGUAACGAAUGUAUUGUUCGGGUCAAUUCAGUUGAGGCUUAUUAGAGCUUACAGCUUUUGCCGCGAGACCUACGAUUUUUACUUCUUGUGAUUUCACUUACAGGCGUAAGGCUGUAGCCUUUGCAGGUAACAAUGCGAUUAGCUAGGUAUUUUGUACUGGAAUGAACUUCUGCGGUUGUACUUUUUAUUGCUUUUUCUUCGUAAGUAGAAUUUUUUUCUGUUUUUAAUUAUAUUCUUGUAUGCAGCAGCGAGCAUGCGGCCCCAUGAGAUUCACACGUCCUUGAUCACUUUGAGAGUCUAAAUCUAGUUUGCUUUUAUCAUGUGCCUCUUUUAGAUGCUUCUGAAUUAGCUAAAAAGCAUUCUUGCUUAACUUUUUCUAUUCUAACAUUUUAAAUUAAAUAAAACCAAAUAUUGUAAUUUCCAUGCAAUGCGGUCCAACUACUAUCAGAUUUUAAAUACAUUUUACAUAUUUAAUUACGAAUUGAGAACGCAAAUUGAAAGCGCUUCGAAAUUCGAAUAACACUAAAAGUGCAGAAUAGGAAUGAUGCCGAUUUGAUUCACCUUUUAAAACCACAAUCUUUCACUUAAAGCCCCUUGAGUUGCUGGAUAUCCUGAAUUCGCCUUAAAACGUAUAUAGUUUCCGUGUUUUUUUCCUUCUUUUUAUUUUAUAUUAAAAUUUUAUUGUAAACUAAAGAGCAAUUAACAAAAAUC